GCACACCAAGCUGAAGAGGAUGGUCUGGGAGACACAGCACUACUGCUGCAGACAUACCUGGGUCUGGCCUGGACACUAGGUUGUGCCGCCUUCGGUGUGGUUGUAGUGCACAACUCCGUAGAAUGUCGCAUCGCCCGACAGUACCUGUGUCAAGCCGCAGUCUUCAUGUGCGGUAUAUCCAUACUGGCACUGACUGCAGUCCACGGCAACCGCCAGGGCUACAUUCUCUUUGUCUGGAUCUACGGCAUCUUCUGUGGGGGCUAUCAUUACUCUCUCAAGAUGUACACUUACGAGCGAGUCAGAGCUAGGAAUUUUGCCAGAACAUGGGGUUUCGUGCAGUGUUCACAAGCCAUACCCAUCGCCAUAGGAGUGCCAAUAUCAGGUUAUAUAAAUGUGGGGUUGGGAGGCAAGUCGGGGUACUACUUCAGCUCAACAUGUGUCCUGGUGGGGAGCCUCUCCCUGUUCUUCAUCGACCUGCACCGCCGCAGUCUGGCUCGCCACAAGCACGGAGAUGGAGCAAGGCAACUCUGUGUUUCAGAAUCCUGUCCACAACGACGGAGGUUAUCCUUUGCUGCUGAGCCUGAGGAGCUAGUAGUGGUGGAACCACCUUUACACCCCCAGACAGCCCCACCAGAUAAGCCAGAGCUAACAUGCAUCUCAGAGGAGGGCAUUGCAGACAUGGAUCUGCCUGACAAUCUGUUAGACGACUUGGAUUACAUUGGAGACUGCAUCACUUCCUGCAACAAGGUGGAGAACUAUCUGAUGCUGUCAGAAUUUGAGAAUAACUUAAUAGCGGAGAUGCCAGUGAUCAUGGACCGCAAGGGUAGGCGGUGGUCAUUGGCACGGCAGGCAGAGGAGGAGCUGCCCCGCGGCGGCAAGUGGCGUCUUGUCUCUGGUCCCAACCGUCUCAUCACAGUCAUCGACGAAGCUUCCGUCUAGCAGUAACCCCUCACCAGAGCACACAUGCUUCUCACAAUGUCACCAAUAUUACAUGGGUUUCCCUUCUAAAUGAUUUCUAUUAUUGUUGCUUUUCGAUAUUAUUUAUAAAAAGUCACUGAUAAUAUUAUUCAUAAAAAUCACUAAAUAAUUAAUGCAGAUCGAAAUUUAAAUAUAGUUUUUUAAUCAAUGCAAAAUACAUAAUAUUAGACCUUUUUCAAUUAAAAAAAAUAGCUAUCAAUACAAAUUAAAACUGAUUAAAUUGAACAAUUAUUUAGCUACAUUGUUCCAGAACUAUUUAAAUAAUAUGUUAGGAAACAGUGAAUAAGUGUACAUACUAAACUUAGAAAACUAUUGAACCUAAAUGUUUAAAAGACAUAAAACCUAAAAUGUUCAAAUAUAUACAUUUUCAGUAAGUAUUUUAGGAUAAUUGUUACAAAAAAUUGCACUUAAUUUUUGGAUUUGUAAAAAAUUUUGUAAGUUCAUACACUAAAGAAAUGAAACCAAAACUGACAGUGUGAAUUAAACAUUUAAGUGUAAUACGUUUGAAAAUACAUAAGGUAUUAAAAAAAGUACCUUUAUGCUGGAAAAAUAUCUUAUUAUAAUAGUAGGUUUUA